AUGGACAACCUGUACAACACAUCUUCUGUGUUGAGGCUGCAAAGCUUUAAUCUCUCCUCUGAAAGUGUCUUUCCUGCAUUUCUUUUUGCCACUUUGAGCUACAUGAUUAUACUUUGCUGUAACUUCAUUCUCAUUCUCACCAUCGUUCUUAACAAGUGUCUGCACCAGCCCAUGUAUCUGAUCCUGCUCAAUCUUCCCAUCAAUGACCUCAUCGGCUCCUCUGCGUGCUUUCCACAGAUGAUCAAAGAAAUAUUGCAGGACACAAAGACGAUGCAUUACUCAGCUUGUGUUGCCCAAGCUUUUUUUAUCCACGUUUAUGGAGCUGGUGCUGUGUUCAUCCUGACUGCUAUGGCCUAUGAUCGCUAUGUAGCUAUAUGUCACCCACUGAAAUACUGCAGCAUUAUGACUAACAGACACAUUGUAAGAAUAAUCACAUUUGUGUGGCUGUGUAAUUUGAUUUCAAUCGGCGUGCUUUUCUAUCUGCUCUUGCUUCUACCUCGCUGUCGAUCUGCAAUGACACACGUCUACUGUGAUAAUCCUUCUUUACUGAGUCUCGUGUGUUCCAGCACUGCCGUCAAUAACAUUUAUGGCCUUCUCCUUGUUGCCGUUUCACAAAUCGUAGCAAAUGGAAUGAUUUUGUACACAUAUCUCCACAUCCUUUUUACGUGUUUCAGAACUAAACGAUCAGACACCAGAGCCAAAGCCCUUCAGACAUGCGCGACACAUCUGACUGUUUUCCUCCUGCUGGAGUGUCUUGGGCUUUUUACCAUCAUAUCAUACAGAAUAAAGACCACCUCAUCAUAUUUUAGGAGAUUCAUGGGGCUGUCAACUUUAAUUUUCCCCCCAACACUAAAUCCAAUCAUCUAUGGACUGAAAACAAAAGAAAUUCGAAAGCGCAUUUGGACCUACAUACAGCACACCAGUAUGUAG